GGAAAAAAAAGUUGGAGUACUUUGAAGUCUGUUGAAUUAAUAAUGAACAGCUUUUAAAAUUUUUAGUGUUUUAAUAUCACAUACUCUUGGAUAUUCACAGCAUGUUCUCUUUUUCUGCUUAGGAGCUCUUCUCAUAUUUAAAAUUCCAAUAAACAAAAUAAGUAAACUUGGUUUUUCUUUUCCCCCCUAUAGACUACCUCAAAUAUAGAGAUUCUUAUAUAAGAGUAAAGUGUGAAAUCAAAUUCCAAUUUGAUGGGUAGUUAUUUUCUGACAGGAAGUUGAAAUGAGAGAAGCUCAAAUCUAAACUGUUAGAGAUGAUCAGUUUGGCAUGCCUUUAAUGGAGUAUGUAAAGUGAACUGAUACUUGCCUGACUUUUUUUACAGUGAGAGGUAUAUAAUCAGAACUACAUCAUUAGUAGAGGUCACUGGUUUACUUCAUUUUUUUUCCUGCAGAAACAGGACUGUAGUGCAAAUAGCCUGAGCUUCAGUUUCACAGGAUGCUACCUAGAAAAACAGGGUCAAGAUCUGGCAGAGAGGUGAAAGCGUCUGUAUUUAUUUCCUUGUAUGUCCAGCUCAAGCUUGUGCAGAUGUUCUGGCAUUAGCCAAAGAAGCCAGGAAGCGAAAUCUUGGUCCUCUUCAUCCUUCCUUUAAUGUGAUAAAGAUAAUAAGAGAUGGACUGAUGAGAAAUCUUCCAGAAAAUACUCACCAGUUGUCAUCGGGCAGACUGUGUAUUUCAUUAACCAGAGUGUCAGAUGGCAAAAACGCAUUGAUAUCUAAUUUUAACUCUAAAGAAGAAGUUGUCCAGGCUUUAAUCUGUAGUUCAUUUGUCCCUAUUUAUUGUGGCCUAAUUCCACCGUCGUUUAGAGGUGUGCGCUAUGUGGACGGAGGAAUCAGUGACAACUUACCUCACUAUGAAUCUAAGAAUACCAUCACGGUUUCGCCUUUUGCUGGGGAGUGUGAUAUCUGUCCAAAGGGGAAUUCUGCCAACUUUCAUGAAAUGAACGUGACCAACACCAGCAUUCAGCUCAGUUUGGGGAACCUGUAUCGCUUAACGCAAGCGCUCUUUCCACCGGAACCUAAGGUACUAGGAGAGAUCUGUGAGCAAGGAUAUUCAGAUGCUCUUAAAUUCUUGAAAGAGAAUGGUAUUCUGAAUGACUCAAUUUAUAUCCACUUGUCCUUUCCAAAAAAAAAUCCUCAUGAGGCUGCACAACACAUUGACCAUAUGAAGAAAAAAACAUUGACAGAAAAUAACAAAGUGGAAGCUUUUAAAAUGGGCGUCCUUAAUGACCAGUUGAACCAAAAUCCAUGGCCUUUGGAGAAGAGCAUAUUUGAGAGUCUACCUCCUAGACUUCGUAAAGCAUUGCAGGAAGCUUGCAAAGAACAGAAUGGAUUCUACGCUCAGUUCUCGAAACUCUUCCCCAUGAGGGUGAUAUCCUACCUGAUGCUGCCCUAUACGCUGCCAGUGGAGUCCGCUUACUCUGUUGCUUUGCGGUUAGUGAACUGGUUUCCUGACAUGCCUGCUGAUGUUCGAUGGAUGCAAGAACAGUUCUGUCGGAUUGCUGGUACAGUUUAUUCCCAGGCUAAAAGCAAGCUGUUCUGUACAUCCAGGAAAGACAAUUAUGCAUCGCUAAGAAAAUGUCAGACUGUCCCAUCUGCUGUGGAAUUUCAUUCUUCAUACUGCCAUCUGAAAAUGCCUCACUCUUCUGCAGACCUUGAAACCUGGCUCUGGGAAUCUUCGUGCUUCGUGCGCUCAGCUAUGAAAAAUGCUUCUGCCAACAUCCAGGAGCAUUCAGAUUUAAACUCCUACCCUAAUUUUCUCCCAAAUUCUGAUGAGUCUGGGUUGGAAAUAGAUUUUGACUCUUCCUCAGAGGCAAGUUUCCAUACUGCUCCAGAGUACUAAUUUGGAAGUAGAUUCCACAGCUUCCAAAAUUCCAAUUUGGCAGAGAAAUUUAAAUCCUAAAGGACUACAGAUCACUUUGUUUAUUGCCAAUAAGUCUUGGAAAAUUAUUUGUUUACAGCUUCCUGACGAAUCUGCCUUGGGAAUUCUACACUUUUAAGGAUUAUAAAACCAGUGGCUGCUAUACUAAGUAACAGACUACAAUUCUGUCAAAGCACCAGCUCAAUCAACCGUAGUAAGACUUGUAGUAAAUAAUGUCUCUCUGGAAAUAAAUUUUUUUUUUUUAAAUCUACUUUCAGCAGAAAAAUGUAAAUUCUGUAAACAGAUUGUUAGACAAACAAGCAUCAAACAAGCUUUUUAAAGAAUAUGAUUCUUAACAAUAUUCUAUGUUAGGAUUACUUUUAUAGCACUUAAAUGAAAUUGGACUUUUACUUCAUAAAGGGAAAUACACGAAUGAGCUCUUUAGUGGCCUCCAGUGUCUGUUUGCCUUAUGUUUAAACAUACUGCUGUGUUGUCUGCAUGAGCUACUGUAGGAACAGGAAUAUUCUAGGUGGUUGUGCUUAUUCCACAGUUCAUGUUACUUCACAUUCCCUUGAAGGGUAAUCGGGUAGUUUCAGUGAUUGCAGAGGACUUGUUUGUACUUAAUAAGGACUUAACUAAGUUUUGAAAAGUAGGUUAAAUAGUGACUGUGAUUAGUAGCAAACGGUAAUUUGAGACGGUGUUAAACUUUACAGAAGACUUUAAAAAAAA